AUGGGCUUGAACACGAUUCUUGACGCUCAUUGCCAUCCGACAGAUACUCCCGAAGAUCUUCACAUCGUACCGGAAUUGUCCUUGGGGAAAAUAAUUGUUAUGGGCACACGGCCUAUGGAUCAAGGAUACGUUUCCGAAAUAGCAGAAAAGUACCCUGAAAAGGUUAUUCCAAGCUUUGGCAUUCAUCCUUGGUUUUCGUAUUUGAUAUAUGACCCUGAUGAAAUAACUCAGUCCGAUGAAUUGACCAUCAAGGCCGAACAUUACAAAAAGAUCCUUUCGCCGGAACCGCCUGAUGAUUUUAUUCGAGAGUUACCGCAGCCUAUAUCCAUUUCAUCUCUUUCAGAAAUUCUUUCCCAGCUUAUUCUCAAACAUCCUACUGCUUUGGUUGGCGAAAUCGGUUUAGACAAACCUUUUCGCUUGCCUGUUGGACCAUAUGAUGCUAGAUCGUCUUUGCCGCAAGGGCCAUUAUCACCUCAUUACGUUCGUAUGGAGCAUCAAAUCAAAGUUUUUGAAUUUCAGCUAAGAUUGGCAUCAAAAUAUCAAAGGACUGUCAGCGUGCAUUCAGUGCAAACAUAUACGUACAUAUACGAUGUCUUGUCAAAACUAUGGGAGGGUCAUUGGAUACCCUCAAAGUCUCAAUUGAGGAAGUACAAACCUGGUGAAUAUGAAUCUAUAAGGGAAGGUCAAAAACAAAACUAUCCACCAAAAAUCUGCUUCCAUAGUUAUUCUGGAAGUGGUCAACAGAUUUCCUUAUUUUCUGCUCAUAAAGUUCCAACUGACUUUUACUACUCAUUUUCUACUGGCAUAAACAGUCGUUAUAAAAAAAUGGACGAAACAAUUCGAUCUGCUCCUGAUGACAGAAUAUUGCCAGAAAGUGAUCAUCACAGCGCUAGCACUCUUGACAAACUUGUAGAGGAAUCUAUUUCGGCUAUUGCGAAGGCUAAGUCUUGGAGUCAAGAAGACGCAAUGAGUAUACUAAGUAAGAACUGUUCUUCCUUUCUGGUGUAA